AUGUCAAACAACCCGUCGUUCGUGCUCCAGGCCAUCGAGAAGACAGCCUUCGAGGAGCGCCCGAUCCCAUCCUAUGGUGAUGAUGAUGUUCUUGUGGAGGUGAAGAAAACGGGUAUCUGUGGAUCAGACGUCCACUAUCUUACUCAUGGUCGCAUCGGCGACUUCAUCGUCAAAGAACCCAUGGUGCUUGGACACGAAUCCGCCGGUGUUAUCUUCAAGGUUGGAAAGAACGUCAAGCAUGUGAAGCCAGGAGACCGUGUCGCUAUCGAGCCAGGAAAGUCGUGCCGCAUUUGCGCGACAUGCAAGGCCGGUCUCUACCAUCUCUGCCCGGAUAUGCGUUUCGCAGCCACCCCUCCCAUCGACGGCACCCUCGGUCGCUACUACAGCGUCCCCGCAGAUCUUGCUUACCCAUUGCCCUCGAACAUGACGCUUGAGGAUGGCGCCUUGAUGGAGCCUAGCGCUGUCGCAGUACACGCACUCAAGUACCUCGCAAAACUGCAGCCUAACGAGAUUGUGGCAGUCUGGGGCUGCGGGCCCGUUGGUCUUCUCUGCAUGGCCGUCGCCCGCGCAUUGGGCGCUCGGCGAGUCAUCGCUGUUGAUAUCGUGCCAAGCCGACUUGAGUUUGCUGCGAACUACGCCGCGACAGACACCUUCCUUCCGCCGAAGCCCGAACAGGGCGAAUCUAAGAUCCAGUACUCUGAACGCUCUGCCAAUGCUAUGAUGAAGGAGCUUGGACUCGAGACUCGCGGCUCCAACGCUGUUGAUGUCGUCAUUGAAGCCAGCGGCGCCGAGGUCUCGAUCCAGACGGGGAUGUACGUCGUGAAGAUUGGCGGUACCUUCGUUCAGGUUGGUAUGGGCGCACCAGAAGUUCUCAUUCCCAUGGGCACGAUUGGCGCGAAGGAGCUGACCUUUAGGACUUCUUUCCGUUACGGCCCUGGCGACUACUCCCUCGCCAUUGCGCUCGCAGGCUCAGGAAAGCUGGAUGUGAAGCCGAUGGUCACGCAUCGGUUUAAGUUCGAGGACGCUGUCAGGGCAUUCGAGGCUACGAAGAAAGGGAAGUCUGAGGACGGCAAGGGUCUAAUCAAAGCUAUCAUUUCCGGUCCUGACGUCUCCAUCGACGAAAACUGA